UCCCUUGCUGCAAGGAGCUCCAAGCCGUGUGAGUGUGAUGCUGGCGUGUGCCUGCACUCGUAUAUAGCUUUCUUCCCACUGGCACCUUGUUUCCUUGCAGUGAAGGAAGAGAAAGGGGAAAGACAGCAAUACAGUCAAGUCGAUGCUUGGAAAGCAACUGUUAUUUAUAGGCCUUUGAUACUUCUACUCUUUGCUGCCUAAGCUCGAGCUAGCUAUUGUGUAACUGAAAAAUCCUGCAGCUUUUGUUGUUGCAUCAGCUUGUCAUGGACAGAGGAGCAGGUAUUCCCAUGGAUGCAGGCCAGGAUUUGUGGGACUGGGAGGUCCUGCCUGACGAAAGGACCUUCUCCAUGGGCCAUGGCAGCGUGCAUCUCAAUGAUCAAGAAACAGAGGAACAUAUUCUGCCUCCUCCGUCAGGAGAUGCUGCUGAGGCCGAGCCUGACGUCCAGUGCAAGGACAUCGGCGUCGUGCCGGAUGAGAGCAAACCAGUGCUUAGUGUUGCCGAUCUGAUGGCCUCUGACAAAAACGAGGAAGAGAAGGUGUUCCAGAGCCCUGAUGAUCUGAUGGCCUCUGACAAAAACGAGGAAGAGAAGGUGUUCCAGAGCCCUGAUGCUAAGGAGGCCGACGAUGACAAAUUCUCUGAAGAGGAAGAAGAUGUCAAGAAGGACAACAACAAGGCUCGGCCGGAGUGUGUGGUGUUCAGCGUGGGAAAGCUGAAGGUGAAUGGGAUCGGCGCGCUGUGCUCGUUCGGUGUCGCGGCUGCCACUGUCUGCAUCUUCCUGAUCGGCGGCAGGGUGCAGCACCACCACAGGCAGCAACAACAGCAGAAGAUCCAGCUGCAGUUCUAUGGCGAUGAUAAGAGGAUCCAGCAGGUUGUGCAGCAGACAUCUAGGCUGAACCAGGCCAUGUCAUCUGUGAUGGGGGCAGGGGGAGCAUCAACAAGGGCCAACAUUUCAUUCGGUGGCUUCUACGAUGGGUUCUGAAUUCUGGUGGAUGAGAACGGGUGUGUGAUCAAGCACAAGUUGCCAUGGUAGCAGGUAGAAACUUAUUAGAUAUUCUUCGGCCAGGUGGUCUGAAACUCUGAAUGUAUACUACCACGCACCUGCACAUAGCUAGUGUGUAGUGGAUGUAAAUAAUUGGGUUCUUAGACCUUUCAUUACAUGCAGAUAAGGAUGGGUUAUAGCUAGGUUUGUUCAGGCUGAUGGUAACUAAGAGACAGACCUUGGUUUAUUACAUGCACCUUUAUUUUAUUUAACACACAUGAUUUGUGAACA